CAACGCCGACAACUCCAAGCAACGAGACAAACCCGUUCAACCAGCCGUCAAGAUGGGUCACUCAGCCGGUUUGAGGGCGGGCACGCGAUAUGCCUUUUCUCGCGACUUCAAGAAGAAGGGUGUUAUCCCGCUGUCCACCUACAUGAAAAUCUACCGUGUUGGUGAUAUCGUUGAUCUCAAGGUCAAUGGAGCUGUUCAGAAGGGUAUGCCACACAAGGACUUCCACGGAAAGACCGGCGUUGUAUACAACGUUACCAAGUCCGCUGCUGGUGUCAUAAUCUACAAGCGCGUCGGCAACCGAUACAUCGAGAAGCGAGUAAACGUCCGCAUCGAGCACAUCAACCACUCCCGAUCCCGAGAAGAGUUCCUCAACCGUGUCAAGGAGAACGCCAUCAAGAAGCGCAAGGCCAAGGAGGAGGGCAUCCACGUCCACUUGAAGAGACAGCCCGUCGGCCCUCGGGAGGCCAGAGUAGUGAGCCUGGAAGGAAACGCCCCGGAGACACUUGCUCCUCUUCCAUACGAGACGACUAUUUAAUUUAAGAAAUCAAAAAACGAACUUAUUGAAAAUACCUUUUUUCUUUUGCUUGUCUCGAGUUAAAAGCCUGGGCCAGAGGGGGUUUCUCUUGUUCUACCGGUUUUUGUUUUUUAAGGUCGCUCUACAGAGCAUUAGAGGGAAUACCUUACUCUCCCUUUUUCUUGCUGCAACGAACGUGCCGGAGCUAUUUCUUCGGUCGUUGAUUGGGAAUAAGGCACUCAUGACAUACAAGGCCCUGCGCCAUAUUAACGAUUUGA